AUGACCCAAACUUCGAUUUUUUGGGUUGACUCGUCUGACAGGGCCUCCGCCUGUGGAAUGGAAUUGGAUGCGGUCGCCGACGGAGGGCCGGCGACGGCGGCCGAGGCGACGCCGACGGGCGUGGUGCGGGUGGAGAAGGUGAGGGGAAGGUCGGCGGUCACCCGGUGCUUCGCUAAGUAUCCGCUCAAGAUCAUCGUCCCCUCCAAGGUGGGCCCCGCCUCCUCCGGCGCCGUCUGGCUGUACGUCCUCACCUACGGCGGCGGCAUCGUCUCCGGGGAUAAGAUCUCCUGCGCGGUGACAGUCGGUGACGGGUGCACGGCGGCGAUGACGACGCAGGCCUCCACCAAGGUUUACAAGGCUGUGGGUUCAAAAUGUUCUGAGCAGGUACUAGAGGCAACAGUUGGAAAAGAUGCACUGCUUGCAGUUAUUCCAGAUCCCGUAACCUGCUUCUCAACCGCUCGAUAUUACCAGAAGCAAGUGUUUCACGUAUCCGGGGAUUCUAACUUGGUCAUUGUAGAUUGGUUUACAAGUGGCCGGUAUGAGAGUGGAGAAAAAUGGGACUUCAACUCCUACAAGAGUGUUAACCACAUUCUUUUGGAAGAGUAUCAGCCUCUGUUUAUUGACUCGGUUCUAUUGGAACAGGGCUCCGAUUGUACUAUUGCUGAGCGGAUGCAGGAAUAUAACGUCGUUGCAAUGGUUGUAUUAUUGGGGCCAAAGUUGAAGCACAUACAAGAUCAGAUGCAAGACGAAGUAAAGAACAUGAUGUCUGUACAACUGCGUCCUCCCACCUCUGGUGGAGGCCGCUACGCCGCAAGGCCACAGGCCGUACAACCCCAGAGCCCCCCGCUCGUUGCCUCUUGCAGUCCAUUUGGUCGCACGGGAACUGGCAUGGUCGCCCGGAUAGUGGCGGUGAGCACUGAGUCCGUAUACACCUUCCUCAGGCAUCAUCUGGCAGCGGUUGAACCAUUCCUUGGCGUCGCCCCUUAUUCUUCGUCAUGA